CCGAGCAGCUGAUGUGACAGUUCAAAUGAUAAACACGCAAAAACAUGAGAGUUCAGUGAUAAUUCCAGUGCGAAAAUGGCGAGUUCCUCCACAGUUUCCAUCCGGAUAUGCCAAGAGGGCCACGCCAAUGCCCUGGCGCUCAACAAGGACUGCACUCAGAUCGCCGUGGCGGGGCGGAGUCUCCUGAAAGUGUUCAGCAUCGAGAGCGAUGGCUUCACGGAGGUGUGCAACAUGCGCGGGGGCAAGAACCAGAACCUCAGCUAUUCCUCGAACGAUGUGGCCUGGAGUUACUUGGAGCAGAACAUCCUGGCCACAGCGGCGACGAAUGGCGUAGUUUCUGUGUGGGAUCUGUCGCGCUUCGGGCGACACAAGCAACUCCUGGUGUACAAUGAGCACGAGAGAACGGCGCACUCGGUGACUUUCCAUCCCACUGAGGCGAACUUGCUGAUCUCGGGCUCGCAGGACGGGACGAUUAAGUGCUUCGACACGAGGACAGACAAGGGCGCCAUCAUGACGUACUUCAGCAACUCCGAGAGCGUGCGAGACGUGAAGUUCAGCCCGCACAGUCCCAACACGUUCGCGGCUGUGUCGGAGAACGGAACUGUGCAGAUCUGGGACAUCCGGCGGUCUGAGAAGUGCACCACGCAGUUCACGGCGCACAGCGGGCCGAUUUACACGUGCGACUGGCAUCCGACGCAGCAGUGGCUGGCGACGGGCAGCAGAGACAAGCAGAUCAAGAUCUGGAACAUGGGCUCCAAGGCCGCCCUGGAGCACACAAUCCACACGAUCGCCGUGGUGGGACGCGUGAAGUGGCGCCCGGACAAGAUGUUCCACAUCGCCAGCUGCGCCCUGGUGGUGGACUACAGCAUCUACAUCUGGGACGUGAGGCGGCCCUACAUCCCGUACGCCUCCUUCAACGAGCACACGAACGUGACGACGGGCAUCGGGUGGAAGGGCAGCGAUCCGUACGUGUUGCUCUCCACCAGCAAAGACUCGACGAUCUACAAGCACGCCUUCAAGGACGCCCAGCGUCCCUCCAUGAAGUCCAAUCCUCAGGGUGCGACGGUGAAUCACAGAGGAGACUUCCUGUUCGCCUACAAGACCAAAGUCACGCCGCCGAUCACUGCCAGCAGCUCGAAGGCCAGCCUGUUGAGCUCGAGGCCCAAGCAACCCACGAAGACUGAUCACUUCCACCUGGCCAAGUCGAAUCUGCAGAACUUCCUCGCGAAGCCCGACCAGGGAUGCUUCUCGAAGGACGUGGCGCAUCCUUCGCCGCUACGCGAGUUCCACUGCUUCAAGGGCUGCGCCAGGGAGUACAAAUUGGUGGGGAAGAGUCUGGCUGAACUCUGUGAUCACAACAUGAAUGUGGCCAAGAAGUACGGCAAAGUGCACGUGGCGAUGCUGUGGAUGUGGGUGAAGAAUCUGUACGCCUUCUCGCUGAACAACAACGUGAAAUCCGAGCCAAGAACAUCCACGAGUGGCUCAAAUCUCCUGGGCAGUCGUCUCAUGUCGCAGACCUCCAAUCAGUCCAACAAUGUGUGGGAGGAAAACGUCGGCAGGAGCGACAAUGACGAGAGCACUGGAUUGAAAGCGGACGAUCAAAACUUCCUGGAGCAGAAGAAUGGAGAGCUUCUGAGCAGUAAUCAAACUAGAAUCGCCUAUCCUCCGAUCAAUGAUGUGGAAUCGGACAUUUCCUUCAAUGAUUUCAUCUUUGGCGACCAAGAACUGACUAUUGAGCACAUGGAUUGCGUGAAGAACUUGAGGAAUGGCUUCCUCUACGUGGGUCCGCACUUCUGCAAAGAGUGGUCAUUGCCGAAUUCGCCUCUGAUUGGGAGCGAUUUGCACGCUGCCAAGCAUGAAACACCGCCAGAAAGCUCCCAAGAAACCACACCACCUCCGCAUCCGCCAAGUCUGAUAAAGAUGAAUUCCACACCUUAUGUGCCAUUCUGGGAGCCUCACGAUGUUCUGGCUGACUGUCUGACACUGCAGGCGGACAUUGGAGAUGUGCAGACAUCGAUAUCCAUUCUGAUCGCUCUGGGGGAAAAGCGGAAUGAACUUCCAAUUGACAAGAGUGUCCAUGAACACUGGCUUCUGGUGUACAUCGAUCUCUUGCAUCGGUAUCAAAUGUGGAAUGAAGCAACAACGAUCAUGAACCUCUCAUGGAUGCCCAACAUUUGCAUGAUAAACGAGCAAUCAACGGCUGUCUAUACAAAUUGCGGCAUCUGCGGAAGGCAUUUGGCCAGCAGAGCGGGAUGGUAUUGCUCCAAGUGCCGCUCUUCAGAUGCUUCCAAGUGCAGCGUGUGCAAUACAAUCGUCCGGGGACUCUAUGCAUGGUGCCAGGGAUGCUCUCACGGAGGACACUUGGAUCACUUGAAGCAGUGGUUCACCAUCCACUCUAAAUGUCCAAUUUGCGGGCACUUGUGUGAAUAUGAGUGAAAGCGGCCAAAGUGUGUAAAUAAAGGAUGAAUUCUAUGCUCAA